CUUAGCUCGAAGCUUUAGGGCUGCUUUAAUAUCAGGCAGUUCAUAAUGAGUGUGUAACCGCAAUGAAGGGACGAUGGGUUUUAAUAUCCAUCGUGAAAUGGACGCGGUUGGCCGAUAGGCAAUGCUUCGAGUUUUUCGAGUUUUUUUAAAUUUGUUGCCAAAGGAAAGAAAUGUGAUGCUGCUCGUUCUUAACUGAUUAGGAGUAGGUGGCGUUACCUUAGCUACCCCAAGGGCCAUUGUAUCAUUUAGCUCGUCUCAUUUCUAGCACGUUUAGCUAUACCUCAGCUAGCUCGCUAACGUCCGUGCUAUGAGUUCACUGAGAGCAAUCCGGAUUUCUUCUGCUUGACAUUAAUCUCAACAUGGCCAUUACUCAGUUUCGUCUGUUCAAGUUGUGCACUUGUAUAGCAUCUAUUCUUUCGUUCCUUAAAAGGUUAAUAUGCAGAACUGGAAGAUCACGCAAGUUAAGUGGUGAUCAGAUCACUCUCCCUACUACUGUUGACUUUUCCUCUGUGUCUAAGCAGCCAGAGAUAGAGGAGUGGAGUUCAUGGGAUGAAGAUGCCCCCACAAGUAUAAAGAUUGAGGGUGGUAAUGGAACUGUUCCCCCCCACCAGAACCAGGUGGAGGAGGAAGAACCAGACUAUUUCAAAGACAUGGCUCCUACCAUCAGGAAAACACAAAAAAUUAUCUUAAAGAAAAGGGAGCCUGUGAGUUUCUCUGUUCCUGAUGCUACUACAGGCUUUUCCAGCAGACUGGCUGCCACUCAGGAUAUGUCCUUCAUUCAGCCUUCAGCAGAACUGGGGGAUAUGGAUAACUGGCAGGAGGAUGCUAAUGCCUGGGAAGAUGAGUCUGAGGCUGCAUGGGAGGCAGAGGAAGUGCUAAGACAGCAGAAGAUGGCAGAGAGGGAGAAGCGUGCCAUGGAGCAGCAGAGAAAAAAACUAGAGAAAGAAGCUCAGAGGAUGAUGAAGAAGGAGCAAAAGAUAGCAGUCAAGCUUUCAUAACAUUUGUUAACAAACACUGGACACUCAAUAUCCCAAUGAGCCUCCAAUGAUCCUUUCAUCUUUUUUAUUCCCACUUCAACAUGACAGUUUUCUGUGUCUUUUGCCAUCAGUUUUUGAAGUUCUUUGACUUUCAUGAGAGAGCUCCUGGUUUUCUGUAUUUUUUCCUUUUAUUGUAUAAAUACAAUAACAAAGUACCUUUCGUGUGCAUUCAGGAGCAGUCAGGAAUAUACUUUAAAUACCUGCAGAAGAACUUGGUGGUUUAUACUGUCAGUAUUUAUAAACCGUGAAAGACUUUGAGGAGAACAUCUUUCUUGCCUACACGAAGACACAUUUUUUAUUUCCUUAUUAUUUCUCUUUUUUCCUUCCUCAUCUGUACCAUCUUAUAAUGGAGUUCAUUUAGGUUAAAUUGUUUUUGAUUUGGGAAGAUGUAAUGUUAAUAAUUGAUUUAUACAAUUUCUUCAUCUGCUUUCAAAAACACAAUGGUGGUAAGUUUUUCAUUCUCUUCAUGAUGUAAGCCUAAUCAUGAUUGAGUUACUACAGAAAGAGGCCUUAUGUGAAGGCGUGUAUUAUUCGAAAAGGGGUGGAGUACGCCUUCCCUCACAAUGAGGUCAACUAAAAUGGAAAAAUAUAAAGUCUGACGUUUUACACUGGUUAAAAACGAGGGUGAGAUAGUGAGAGGAGUCUGAACUGAUAAGAGGGAAUGAGUACUGCAGGAUGGAUUGGCCCUAGAUUCAAAGCCAGUUUUUGAUGAGCUGUGGGUGUUAAGCUGGUGGUUGUCAUGGAAACAUUGCAGGUUUUGAAUAUCUCGGGUGAUGACCAAAGCAGCUCCUAUCCAUUUUUGAAUAGUGUCACCACAUUUACUGUAAUAAUAAUAAAUUUAAAAAAAACAGGUAAAUAAUGUUUAUUACAUAUUCUGUAUGUAGCAUUUUUGUUUUAGGCAGCAAUCAAGUACUUAACAGCCCUACAGUUUGAUUGGAUUUUUGUCCAUAGUCCUGUUUAUUUAGGACUGAUUUGCACUGUCAGAGUGGUAUGUAUAAUAAAAAUGUAAUUGAUGAAGUUUCUAAACAUUUGAAUUAAUAUUACACAAAUAUCAUUAUAAUGCUGAGCACUACUGAGGUGUUGAAAGAGGCAGUGAUCACAAAAUCACUUGUAUGUUUUAAUGUUAACGAAGCAUUAAGCCACUGAGGACAUUAGGUACAUGCCGGAAUUAAAUUUCUGCCUUUGAUUUUAAAAAUAUUUUCCAAUUUAGGUGGGCUGGCUGAUGAUUUAAAAAAAAAAAAAUGUGUUAUUAACAGAAUUUUGCAAAACAUUUAUAUGCUGGAGGCAGGUUUCAAAUGUGUGAAGAAUUUCCAACAAGAAGCAGAGACUGGUUUUACCAUGGGUCCGGGCAACGAAUGGUGCAUGAUUAUGGCUUGUCAUGUUAUUUUCUUUCUUUCUUUUUUGGCACACAUUUGUUCUUUACCUGUAAUAAAUAUUUGGAACGUCAUUCUUUGGUUUGGCCUUGGCCUAAACCAUUGCUCCUUGCUGUUUCUGUCAGAGUUUGGGCUUAUGUUUUUUUUCCACUGUUUCUCAGCAUCUUUAUCUGACUCUUGGCCAUGCUGAUUAGUGCAAUAUGGUGUCCUUAGUUCUGGUCUCAAACAUGCUGUCUUUGUGAAGCAGUGCAAAAGAGAACAAUUGAUUUGCUUCGAUGAUGACUCGUUUGGUAAUUUAAUGUCCAAUAUUUAGAGCAACUCGUCAUACCUAAAUAUAAAUAUAUUUCAUUGAGCUUUAAUGUUGUGCUUGUUGACCAGAUGAGACAUACCCUGCAAAAUGAUUCAAUGUUGCUAAGUUUAUUGAAGGUCGUGCAUGUUUUGGGUGGUGGAAUAUUUCAACCCUGAGAAUGAUGUCAUAAUCACAAACUGUUUCAGCAACGCCUCCGGCUGGCCAAAGCUCUCACGGCAUGACCCACUUUAGUUUUUAAACAGAAGGGAGGGUAAAAAGUAUGAAAAUUCAUAAUGUGCUUUAAAAUGUAUUAUGUAAGCAUUUUGUCCCUAAGGGAAGGGUGUACACCAUUUCAGGAAGAUUUAGAUCUAUCUAUCUAUUUAUUUAUUUGUUUGUUUGUUUAUUUAUUCAUUUAUUUGUAAGCAGAAUUGCAUGGUCCUCUCAAUAUGGUCAAACUUUUUUGUAUGUUUGUGUGGCAUUUUCAUUUCUGAAAUCCAGUACAAAUUUGUUUAUGAUCACCAGUAGUCAGAAAUGUUGUAAAGGGACUCAGCAUGAUAUGAAGUAUUCUUCAUAGAUUUUGGAAGGUCACAGCUGUUGUUUUAGUGAGAUACCCAGAAUGUUUGGAUUAUGUGUGAAAUAUGAUAAUUAUGAGGUGGAAAUCAGAAUUACCAUUUAGUUAUGGAUAUUUUGGCAUGUUUUAUCAUAUUUAAAGCAUGUUUGUACCAAAGUUCCACAUUAUAGAUAAAUGUAGGUAUCUGAGCACCUUUUUAAUAUGUUUUUGGAAUGUUCUUUUGCAGUCAGUUAUGAAAAGAUGUGGAGAGAUUCAAAAAGUACUAAAACAAGGUUUUCUGCUUCAGUAUUUAUUUAGGGUGCUGUAGUUUCAGUAUUGUUGGUUGAUUGCCAAAAGUCAUCAUUAGAUAUGUACCUGACAUGCAAUGGCAAAUGGAAAUGGCAUUAUACAACUCUACACAAUGUUUGAUGGUAGUAUCCAAUUGAGCCCUCAUUUCUUACUGUAUGUAAAAUGGUUUGUUUCGCUUCUGGAUAUAUAGGUGUGCCACUAAUGCAAUCCCCUUUCAGCUUUACCCAGAUGGGAACUUGUAUUCUACUUUAGAAGUAUUAAAUGUUAAUGGCUUUUGUGGAAGAUGCACAGCGGUGAAGAAAAGGAAACAGACAAAUAUAUUUUUGUGUAACUCCUGUGCUCUUACUGGUACUACAAUACAAAAGCUGGAUAUUCUUUUAAGUAGCAUCUGCUUAAAAAUUCUCAGUGGUAUACUGCUUCCAUACAGGAAAUGUUCUAUUUAAUCUAGUUAACAGAACUACUUACUUAAAUUGCAGCUAUCCAAACAGGCUACCAGUAAAAACAGUUUGUGGUAUAAAUGCCAAAUUGUAUCCAUAAUGUAAACUAUUAUUUGAGCUAA